UUUGUAAGAUGUAAUAAUUUCAUGAUGGUUUUCAUUAUUUCGUUUUUGUUUUCGGCGUUCUGAAAGGAUGCAGUUCAGUAAAUAAACAAUUAGGCCAUUAUUAAUUCUCUGCUGUCCAAUAUUUUAUUGUGAAUGCCCUCUUUUUAAUAAGAUCGGUGUAUAAGUGUUUUUAGAAAAUCAGUGAGCCAAAAUGGCUCAAGAAAUUUUAAAUAACGUUUUAAAUUCAAAAAUUCCACCUGAAGAAGUCAUUAAAUGGUUAACAACGGAUAUCCAGCAGAAGCUAAAUUGGGUGGAUAUAAAUCAGAAUUCGACGCGAGCGGAAUUCGUAGCCUAUUUCCUGAAUUUCCUGAGGGACGAAUUUACAAGCGCUCAGCAAGCUGCGAACGUGAAACAGACUCCUUCUAAAAAGACAUUAGCUCUCUGUACAACGGACGGUGUAAUUAUCACCGAGCCAAAUAAAAUUGACAAAUCUCAUCAAAAAGAUUCGUUAAAAAGCGAAAAUGUUGAUAGAUCUGGAAGAGCUGUGAAAAUUGGCUCUGAUGGUCGAGAAAACAUGGAAGUUUUCGAACAUCGGAAUAAUGAAAGCCGACAGUUUGUAAAUGACGUUUUUGCGACUUCGAAAGUAAAUACUUCUACACCAGUGAUUAAAAAAAGGAUUUCCCUCCAGAGCGUACCCAUGACAUCCGCUAAUUUGAGCAAAAGUAAUCUUAAUUUUUCUAAAAGUAAUGAUUCGAAAAUUUUUAGCGAUCCUCGUCAGCAGAGAGAAAAUAAUUUGUCGUUGAAGGUUGAAUUCGAUUCAGUUCGAUCUUUCAAUAUAACAAGUCCCAACAAUAGAAGCGUUGACAUUGUUUUAACAGAUUCUAACAGGACUUUAUCACCUUCUAAUAAUUCUUUUCCAACUUUAACGAGAGAUCAAUCUAGCAGUUUGAGUGCCUCUUUUUUGUCUCAAAAUUGCAAUCAAUCUGAGUGUACCGAAAAUUCUUCACACACUUCCGGAAGUUCUGUUAAAAGUGAUCUACAGCUUUCUAGCUCUCCGUUGUUACUGAAUCGAAGUCAGAAUCCUAUUUCCCCGUUGUAUAGUCAGAGUAUGACGGAGAAACCAAAAAAAUCGCAGAAAUUACACAACAAAUCGUCGGAAAAACAUGCUAGAAAAAAUAGCAACUUUCAGCACAGUACUCCGGAACAAUCGAUGAAUUCUUCGCAAAAAAGUGUGAAAUCUUCCUCGAGACAAAAUCUGAGUCUUGCCGAUUUUAUAACUAUUGACACACGUUCUUCGAAGAAGAGCGGCAAAAAAAGUAAUCAGAAGACACCGGUUUUAAGGCACAGCAGAGAAGACGAGGCAGUUUCUAAAUUGACACCUUUUUUGACUGAUGAAAGCUUUCCUGAAGUGGGACAGAGUUUUGAGAAAAGGAGAAGAAUCAAGCCGACAAAGUUGGAAAUUUCUGAUGACAAAGGAAAUAAAGAGAAUGCAGUUUUUGGCGUAGUUAAACGGCCCGUAGCAACUAAUCCGCAUUUCUCAGAAGUCCAAUCCACGGACCAACCCUCGGAUAAAAUUUCCUUCGAGGCGGAAAGAGACUUGUUGAGAUUGGAGAGGCAGAAGAAACCGGAAGGCGCAGUUGACAAUAAAAUUGGCGACCUCGACGUCCCAAUUAAAAUAUUAUUGAAAACAGCAAGAAAGCCCGUUUUCACAAAAUCAAUUGUCGUGCCAUCCAUAGCAAUGGUUGAUCGAAUAGAAGUAUUAAAUUCCUUGGUAUACUUGUACAGCGCCUUCAUCGACCACAAUUUAAUUUCUAAUCCAAUGACUGAACUCUAUUUCAUCGUUUCGCUCAUUACUUCUCAAUAUUUGCUUCAAAGUCCAGGAAAAUCUGCAAUUAAAGAUCCCCAUGCAAACUGCAUUAAGCUGGAUAAAUCCGAGGAUUUGGACAAAGAUCUUGGAUGUGCAAUUCUCAGCGAUGAUGAUAAGGAAAACGAUUUUCUUGUCCAAUCCGCUGAAAAUAGUAAGUUGUUGCUAGAAACUGAUGAGAAACUGAAAGAAUUGUCCUUGGAUAAAUCCAAGUUGUUGGAUAAAAUUCCUGAUGAAGAAGACACUGCUGUGCAUUUGAAAACGAGUUUAAAAAAUGAUGAUCUGCCUCUGGGCACUCCGCACAAUAGUGUUUAUUUUUCGACGCGGGUUUUAAACGAACAGAAAAGUUUGCUGAAGUCACUGGACAGAGUUACGCUGAAAUUACUUUCGGAAAAUGUGAAUAUUGCUGCAUUUCUGCCAGAGUUAAAGGAUUAUUUGGAAAAGUUGUACCACUUGAAACUUGGCGAACUGAAUCGUACGAACAAGCCGUUCAAUCUGAGUAUUGCGGAUCCAAAUGUUUGUUUUCAAAUAGAUACUGACAAUAGGGAAACAUUUCCCUCUGCAAUUGCAUUUCAAUGCUUUAGGAAACAACGCGAUUUGUUCUACGAGAUACUGAAAAUAUGGGAGGAAAAUCACACGAAAACUAACUGGAACUUUUCCUUGGCGUUGAGUGGAAAAAUUAAAUCCAUGCUGACUUUGCACAGCGAUGUGACAAAUCAUUCUCAUAUUGCGAGACUUUUUAAAUCACAACUACUUAUUUCUUGUAUACAGACUGGACAGCAGGAAGAUUUUUUUGACGACGAAAGUUUGAACAUUCUCAAAUCUCUGAAAGGUUUUAAUCCAGAAAAAUUGACACAACUCAAGGAAAGAUUAGUGACUCCAUUGUCAUCGAAGGGACCCGUUCCUGAACCAACUUUUUCCGGAGUGCAGGAAUUUUACAAAAAUUUUAUUCUUUUUGCUUUUAAUCCCAUGUUUUAUGCACACUUGGAAGACUGCCUUAUUCAUGAAAUCAUGGAUUUAAAUGAAGCUCAAUUUACGGGAAGUGAUAUUGAAGAUUCAGAGACAAUGGUUGAUGAACGAACAAAACAGAAUUUUAUUACUUGUUUAUCGAGUCUGCGAAUCCUCGCUAAGUUUACGGGUUUUCUGGUAUCCCUGCCAUAUCGGUCAACAACGAGUGCUUUGGAAGAGGUGAUAAAUGCUCAAGUUGCUCUACGAAAGAGAUUUGUACCCUCCAUGGAUUUAAAAUGUUGUCUCGAAGAGGCUUUGAUUCACGGAAAAUUGUCGCUGACAAUACCAUGGAUUGUCGAAUAUUUAUCUCAAAUGGACGCAGCAUCUCUUCGUUUAGCCUAUUAUACACAAUUGCUAGAAAUGCUCUACUGCAUUUACAGGAUUUCACAUUCCGACAAUCUUGCCACUAGCAGACAAUUUAUGUCGCCACAAACCUCAGUUCUGAUACGAUUUUCAAUUGGCUGGUUGUUUGAAUUACCGAAUUUCCCGAUAAAUCUUUAUUUCACCUGGCAGUCGAGUCACACUUCGAAAAAAUUGAAAACGAUUUGUCAACUGGAGAAGCCGAAAAUGGAGGUUUCGGUUGUUUCUGACAAAAGGAAUCUGAGUUUGGACAAAUUAGACAUUAUUGACGACAGGGUUUUAUACUGCUGUUGUCCAUAUUUGGCCGAGUUUAAAGUUCUCUUGACAACAGGAAAUUCGCAGACGAUUAACAACCAAUCAAACAGACACAUUACUCCCGUUUCUAGUCAACUUCCGAACACAGCCGACAGUGCGAACAUUAAAAAUUUGGAGUUUCAGUUAGAAGAAGCAUUCUUUCAUGGUCAUCCAGCUUCAACUCGCAAAACUGUUGAAUUUGUAUCUGAAAGAGUUGCAUCUACUUGCGUUAAGUACAUUUGCAAUUCUUUGCUGCCUUCCGCUAGAGAGAAAAGUUUGAAUGGAUUACGGAAAGUGAUAGAAGAAAAAUACAGCAAAAAUUUUGAAGAUGAUCCUAAUUCUCUAAAGACUCUUAUGAUGAGCGAUAUGAAUGCAUUGGCCGCGAGUCUUUCGAAACAGGUUAAGAAACAGUGUGAGGAAGUGAUUCCGCCGAUGUGCAAAAAACGUGCCUCACAAUCCAUCGAAUCCCUUUUGGCCGAAGAUACUUUGUUGCCCGUUCAACAAACCUGCAUUCAGAUUGCGAUUCGAAUGGCCACUGAUCGUAUUCGCCAGUGGAUUCAAUCCCACAUUGUCGGUGGAUCAUUAUUUAUGCGAGAUAUGGAGUCUGAAAUUAAUCGAUUGGUGAAAAGUGAUAGUUCUUCACGCACUGCUGGCGAUGACAAUCAUAAUCCUGAUGGCGCUUGUCCUACCGAUGUUCUUGACGAUCUUCGGGCUUUCAUGUGGGAAUUAUUAGACAACAGAGGUGAAUCUUUUUCACUGGAAACUGUUUCUAAAAUAUUGGACCAACUCUGUUCUUGUUUUACUGAACGAGCCGAUUUACUUCACGGGCCUGAGAAUUGUUUACGUGCAUUGAGUGUCGAUUUAGCCAUCUUUUUAGUCGCUCAUCGAAUGGAUUUUUUUACUCCCGAAAUACAAGGAAAUUUUGUGAAAUUUUGGAAGAUCAGUUUGAAAAAAAUACCUCAUUCGGAAUCGCCUUUAUUAACAUUGUUAAGUCCGAGGAAUAUAUUGAUUUUGGAGGAAGCUAAUCAUGACGAAGUUUGGCUGAAAUGUGGAGAAUUUAUAAAGUUGUUGUUAAAAGAAGAGAUUUUAAGUCUAGAAUCUCUAUGCGAUCAAAGCGUUAAACUUUUGAGACAAGACUGGGCAACGGGAACGAUGCAAAAUUUAUCAAAGUGCCUACAAUUAGGAAUAGUUGAUUACCAAGCGGCUGACGAACAAAUGGAAAGAAUUAAGUAUCUCAUCCGUUGGAUUGCAGAAACUUAUUACCGCAUCGACAAUCUGGAUGAGUAAAUGUGAAAUAAUAUUAUUGCAGAUCGUUGAAAUAUUUUAAGUGAAUUUCAAGAUUCUUGUUAAUGUACAUAAAUUUACAAUUUAAGCUUUUUUUCGUUCGUGAGAAGGUG